AUACUUCGGAGUUCGAACACCUACGCUGGAUGUAAACUUUCAGAGGAUUCACGGUGGUGGCUCUUCUUUGCCAAGUUUUCUUUCUCCUCCGGCUCUCAACUGUUAGCUUUUAAAUUUGAGAAGAGCUGACAAAGGAUAGAGGGUGGGGUUGGAAGAGAGAGAGAGAUGGCCGCAAAGACUAAACCAUUCAAGAUAAUAUUGGGAUCAUCAUCUAUGGCUCGUAGACAAAUUCUAGCUGAGAUGGGAUAUGAGUUUGCAGUCAUGACUGCAGAUAUAGAUGAGAAAAGUAUUCGGAAGGAAAAGCCAGAAGAAUUGGUGAUGACACUAGCGGAGGAAAAGGCAGAUGCCAUCAUAGCAAAGCUUCAAACCAUUGAUUAUCAAGACAAGGAUGCUGACACAACACUUCUACUCACUGCUGACACAGUGGUGGUCUAUGAAGGGAAAGUUAGAGAAAAGCCAUCAAGCAAGGAAGAAGCACGUCAAUUUAUCAAAGACUAUUCUGGUGGGCAUUGUGCAACAUUUGGAUCUGUGCUUGUUACUAACCUUAAGACAGGUACCAGAAAAGGAGGAUGGGACAAAGCAGAGAUUUAUUUCCAUGAAAUUCCGGACGAGGUUAUGGAUAAUCUGCUCGAGGAGGGAAUUGUGCUCAAAGUUGCAGGGGGCCUGAUAGUGGAACACCCGUUGAUAUUACCUUUGGUUGAAGCAGUGGUAGGGACUACAGAUAGUGUGAUGGGUCUCCCAAAGGCUCUAACAGAGAAACUCAUUCAAGAGGCCCUGUAGCUGCUGCUGUUGUACCUGACCAUAUCUAUUGAUUUAUCAGUACAAAUGGUGGGGAUGAACCUGUGAACUAAAACUUGAGUUAUGAGUAUUUAUUGGAAUUAUGG